GCAGGUCUGACAUCUGACAUUUUCUGUCAAUUCACUUUGAAGCCGCGAGUAACUGUCGGAAGUACAGUUGAAAUUAUUAUGAAAUUACGUUUUAAAUGUCAAUUUUUAUUGUGUGUAUAUUGACGAUCACUAAAACCGCAUAUUAGGCCCUAAUGUCUUUUGGUAUGCAUUACAAUUGCAUGAACAGUGUAAACCUUCUGUGAAGUGUAAUUUUCCCAAUUGCAAGUUUUCCCUCCAAAGAGGUUACAGCUUGUAAAAUGCCUUUGCUCAAGAAGAAGCCGUUCGAAAAAGUGUCUUUGUCUGAUUAUCCAAAUGACAAUGAACUUGUUUAUUACUGUGAAAUUACCGGAGAGAUAUUUCGAGAUUAUGAGCAAUUUUGUGAUAGAAUUAUUCUUUGUAAUUCAAUGGUCUGGACAUGUUCAUUGACUGGAAAGACAGGAUUCACAUACAAAGAGGCCUUAGAAAGUGAAGAAAAUGCAAAAAAAUGUCUCAAGGAGUUUAGCCCUCAUCUUAAAGUUCCAUUACUAUACAUAAUCACAAAAACUAAAAGGACUGCUUUUGGUGAUAUGGUAGAAGAUGUAUUUACGUUUAUUAAGGACAGGUAUUUCAUAGGAGAAAAUGUUGAAGCUUUAUUUUCUGGUUCAAAAUGGAAAGAAUCUCAUGUGUUGCAAGUUAUUGCUCCCACAGCAGAAGAAAUAAAUGCUUAUCAAAAAAAUGGACAAAAUAAUACAAGUAAGCAUUUGCCAGCUUCUCUUUAUCGAUAUGAAGUAGAACAAUUUGACAGUGAUAAUGAAGAUGUUUGUGAAAUAAAAGUGGUUAGCUAUGACCAAAUUAAAAGAAAGAAAGGUGUGUAUACUCGAGAUAAAAAUAAAAUUUUCAUUAAGUACCAUACUGAGCAAAGUAGCAAUGGAUUUUGGGUGGUAAAAGACACUACAAAAAUGCAGUAUGAUCUUAAUAAAGUAAGGUUUGAUAAAAUUUUUGCUGGACCUAUGCCUAAUUUUGAAGCAUCAAAACCUUAUAAAAAUCCAGAAGGUACAAAAAAGGUAAAACAAGAAACACUAGCAAAGUUCCUUACCAAAAAUAAUAUUGUUCAAAAUACUGGACAGAAGAAUAAAGAAAAUAAAAGUAAUAACAUUUUGGAAGUUAUGAGGCAAAAGGAGGAGCAAUUCAAGAAAAUGAAGGAAGAUCUUAAACAGAAGAAAGCUGAACAGAAACAAGCUGAGAAAUUGAAGAAGAAGGAAGAAAAUAUGAAAAUGGCACUUAUAGUAAAAGACUGGUACAAACUUAAAGAAGAUUUAGAAUUACAAGAUCAUAAGAAAUUACCGCUUCCAACACCAGUAAUAACAAAAGUACCUGCAAAGUACCUAGGCGAUGUAUUAAAUGUUAUAGAAUUUGCACACUCAUUUAGUAAACAGUUGUGUACAAAAAAAUUUUUCCCAUACGGUAUUACGUUUGAAUUAAUGGAAAGGGCACUUGUGGAAAAAGAGGUGGCUGGACCACUUACAGAUUUAAUUCAGAUGCUUCUUACAGCAAUUUUUAGUCUUCAAGAUGAGGAGGCAUCUCAAUACAAAAUUAGUGCUGAGCAUAUGUCAGAAGUGAAAGAUAAAGAUUGGCAAGACAACUUAAAUCUAACGAAAGCAACCACUUUGGCAACAGUGGCUUCAAAUUGGAGUUCUAAACAUCAGGGUCUACCUCUCAAUCGCUUACCUCUUUAUUCCUUAACCACAUCAGAAAUUUUAAGGCUUCAUUUGUUAGCUUCUGGGGCACGUAUAAACGAAACAGGAGCAAGAUGGCGUUUUCAACAAAGAGGUGGUUAUACUAGUGAAGACGACCCUGGUUUGUAUCUACGUCUCCAUCAUCCACAUAUUCUGAGAGCGUUAGCUCAUAACAGUGUAAAUCAACUUGCAAUUGGUGAUAAAGUGAAAAUCAUUAACUGUUUAGUCGAUCAGAUUUUAACAUAUGCGGACAUUCGGGACGAGAUCGACGAACGUUUAGAAAAAUCGCGUCAGGCGAAAAUGGACCUGAAAGCAGCUCAAACAGCGGAAAAAAAACGGGAACAUGAGUUUUUAACUGAAUGUCUCAAAAUAAAACGUGACGGACGUAAGGACAAACGUGAUGUGACAGGUGACUUGGACAAACUUGAAAAAGAAGCCGAACGUUGUAAAGGUGAAUAUUUGAAGAAGAUAAGAAAACUCGUAAAGAUUGCAACGGAACACCAGAUAUUACUUGGGUAUGACCGCUCUUAUCGUCGCUACCUCAAAUUCGAAUCAUUGCCCGGUAUUUUCGUUGAAUUUGAUGAACCGAACGCUGGAAAGUGUUUAAACGACAUAGUACAACAACAUCCGGCCCUUAUCGACGUUGAACCCAAAGACAUGGCAGACUGCUUGCGAAAAAUGCGCGAAAACGAAAUCGAUAAACCUCGCCUCAAUGGUCUUCAUGAAGAGGAUGUUCAAAAAUGUCAGGAUCUUUUACUUUGUUCCGCUGAUCCUUCCACUUGUUUGGUACACUCCACUGUAGUUGAACGUCAACGUUGGGGUUUUUACCAUACAGAAGAACAGUUGAAUGCCCUUCUUGUGUCUUUAAACCGCCGAGGUAUUCGAGAGAAUGAACUGUUUCAAGUGUUGAACCUACAGAAGGAUUACCUGUUGGAUUUGAUUUCGCAAACACCAGUUAAUCAUUUCAAUAAAAGUAUUGUAUUAGAGGAAACUGUGGAACCGAAGGUAUCUACCAAACUAAGAAGCCAGAAAAAAUCUCGAUAUGAGGAUGCCAACCUGGGCUUUCCUCUAUCGAUGGACACUGCAGAGGUGCUUGAGGCCGCGCUCGUUGACAACAUCAUUGAAAUGGAGGAAAAACUUUUCAGCGGAAAUUUGGGUUCACUGCAUGUAAAAGACCGAAACGAGUGGAGAAGUCAUCUUCAGAACAAGGAAUUUGACAAGUUGGAUAAAGUAAUUACUAGAAAGAACGAAGUCAAUAGAGAAAAAGAUGGUAGUCGAUCUGGUACACCCGAGCCUCCUAAGGAAUACUGUGAUCCUGGUAAAUUUCUGGGACCAACAUUAGAUAUUGAAUCCGAAGACUCUGAUGAAGGAGGUGAAGAAGUUAUGUUAUGUCCCACCGAAAAAUUACGAACAUCAAUACAAACUCUUGCAAUUGCCUUAGCACAAGUAGCGCACAGCGUUGAUCCCAAAUAUUUAAAGAAGCCCCUAGGUCACGCAGACAUCAAAAAUUUGGAAAGCAAGAAGAAGGAAUUUGAUUUAUUUGAGCAUUGGGAAAAAUCCCUGCUUUCUUCAACUAGUUAUAGCCAAAUUUUUCUUCACUAUGGCACUCUUGAUGGUUGUAUUAUGUGGUCCCGAUCAACAUUAUUGGCACGUUGUCGUAUUUGCAGAAGACAAAGGGAUUCAGAAAAUAUGCUUCUUUGUGAUAAUUGUAAUUUAGGGCAUCAUUUAUAUUGCCUCAAGCCAAAACUUAAUAGCGUUCCUCAAGGUGAUUGGUUCUGUGAAAAGUGUUCAAGAGAAAAAGAAAAGGAACGCAAAGAAGAAGAAGAAAAAAGGGAACCGAAAAAGAGACGCAUUCUUUUUAGGGAGGCAUUGGAUGAAGAAGAUGAAGAAGAAUUUGUUAUUUUAGGUCACGCUAUCAUUGAGGUAUGUCAGACAUGUAAAUCAGGGGGAGAACUGCUUUGUUGCGACAACUGUCCUGACAUGUACCAUUUAGAAUGUGUAGCCCCUCCACUUCGACGCGUACCAAGAGGUCAAUGGUUUUGUAGAAGAUGCAAAACGAAAAAAAAGAGAGACUAUGACGUGGACUAUGCAAAUGGGCGAGCAGUUCAGCCAACAGCGACAAGCUUGAGGCGCUGCGCCGCAAAGGCCCGACAUAUGAUCCACGGAUUCGCUAAGACACUGCGUAGGAUCUCUGAUUCCGGCUCAGAGACUGGCGACUCGAUCGAUUCAGAAGAAGACCUUCCGUCAAGUAGAAGGGCAAAUCGUAGAGAAACAGAUUCGAGAGAAGAUCUACCCCUACAUAAUGUUGCCUUGCAAGAACUACUAUCUGAUGUCUUAAAAAAAGAAGAAUGCUGGCCUUUUAUGGCGCCUGUUAAGAAAAACGAAGUACCUGAUUAUUAUGAAAUAAUUACUAAACCAAUGGACUUCGGUACAAUCAAAUACAAACUAAACAUGGGCGAAUACAAGUGCGACGCAGAAUUAAUGGCCGAUGCUGUUCUAGUUUUCGAAAAUUGCAAUGUAUAUAACGACUCUGACUCCGAAGUGGCAAAGUGUGGUUCAAGAUUACUGAGGUUUUUCAUAAAAAAAGCGAAAGAUCUGGGCCUAAAAUUGCCAGAAGAAAUGCAAGAAGAUAAUGAAGAUGAAGAAGACAGGCCAACGACCGCAAAAAGAAAGCGAAUGAAAUAACAUUGCUACAAUGCGAGAUUUGUGAUUGUU